AUGUGUCUAGAUCUGUCUCAACUGUUCGACUCAAUUUUCCGGGAUAAUGCAGCCUUAGACCGCGCUAAAAUCUUGCUUGCUGGGGCGAGUUUGGUCACAAAGAGCUCAUGCCAGCAUGAACUAGCGCUGAUCAGCCUCUACGACACACCAACAAUCCUGCAAUCGCUGCGCUACGAUUACCAUUACAGGGCAGACCUGGGAAUCCUUCGAGUUCCGCGCUUAGACCUUUUACUCUUCGUGCCGGCCGGCCGAAUUUUCCACAUUCCCCGGCUGCAGUCGAGGCUGUUCUCUCUUGGAGCGCGAGGUUACUGGCUACCAGUUCUAUGGCCGCACUCUUACGUUAUCGGAGUAAAACGAGGCGACAGCCGGUGGUCAGCCAACAUCAUGUUGGGCAGCGAUGACUACAUUUGGCACUUCAUGGAUUCGGCCGUUGAAGGCGAGCUCACUUUUUAUCGCUCGCAAUUGUUGGAAAUUCUGCGCAGCACCUUUCUCCCGAUGGAGCCUGACACGAGCGGCCAGGUCCGUUCGACAACCGAAGUCUUGCCGCUUUCCUGGGACAGCUGA